AUGUCAGAAAAACAACAGUCUCACUCAACUCAACCAUCUAAUGAAGAAACAAAUAACAAUAACGAUGAUAAAAAAAAUAACAGUGACAUCAAAAAAAGCGACGAACAUAUUAAUAUCAAAGUUGUGGGAAGCGAUCAUAAUGAAGUAUUUUUCAGGAUCAAAAGAACAACACAAUUAAAAAAACUUAUGGAUACUUAUUGUGAGAGACAAGGAAAAUCUUCUUCUUCACUUAGGUUUCUUUAUGAUGGUGAUCGUGUACAAAGCCACAACACACCUGCAGAU